AGAUCUGUGUUGUGGUCGCCGGCAGUGAUCAUUGAUGGCCAACAAUAUGCACAACAAUAACAACUAUCCGGACAUUAAGAAGUGCUGCGAAGGCGUGUUGAGGGGUUUGGAGGCCACGGCCGCCGACAUGAGACACCUGAUGACUGGUCUUAUGGUACGGAUCAAUGAGUUGGAGGAGAGGGUGCGGACGCUAUCCGACAAUAAUCAGACACUGAUGGCCGACAACCAGGCGCUGACGGAUGAGGUGCAGUCACUUCAGACGGAGAACCUAUGUAUGGCUGAAGACCGGGAAAUGAUGCGCAAAGAGUUGCGUGAAGUCCGUCACGAGAACGACCUCUUGAGCGAUGAACGCCGUAAUUGGGAACAAACGAGUUCGCCGUUCGCCCGACAUGUGGCCUCUGCCGUCGAACAAUUUAUGCUCAAAGAGAGACCCAAUUCUAUGCAAACGUUUGGCUCUUAUAACCAAAUGGAUGGCCAAAGACUGCCCGCCGAAGAGUUGGAGACCUAUCACAGCACCCGAGGUAUCGUCACAUCGAAUCCGACCAGUAAUGAGACCUUCUUUGACGCGCGCUCGUCAUCGCAACGCUCGUCGGCCGUCGCGAACGCUAUUUAUAAUUGUUUGCCAAUGAAUGCGAUUCCUUCUGUUAUGACAGCACAAGAACAGCACAAACUUAACCAAACGCUGGUAUCGUUGGCCACGGCUUCCUCGCAAUCGUUUGGCUUCGACGUCAACGACAACUUAAAGCUGAAGUUAGUUCGGGUGCCGCUUAACCGCGCGGUUCCCGUCUAUGUUGCUUACGUGCGGUCGCCGUCUGACUUCUGGCUCCACAUCGACUUAAGCGAUGUGAUUGCAUAUUCACAUGUGAUUCAAGUGAAACAGGGGGAGCUCGUGGAGAGGGGAACGGCUCGUCUGACUACUGCCGACGUGGAGAUAGGCAUGUAUUGCGCGGCCGUGUAUUCAGUGGACGGGGACUGGUAUAGGGCUCAGGUCAUUGACAUCCACUACGAGAACGAUAUCGAGAAGGACUCGAUUCGCACGAUUCGCGUCCAGUUUAUCGAUUGGGGUAACUGUGAAGAGGUUCCGCUCGCGAAAGUGAUGCGACUGUCGGUGGAGUUAACCAAACGAAAGCAAGCGGUUCAGUGCCAUAUUCAAGGCAUUGGACUCGAGACACACCAAUGGGAUAAGGAAUCCGUUACUAAAUUCCGUGAAGCGAUGGAAAAGGCGAAGAAAUUGUCGGCCACUUUCUUAAAGGCUAGAAAAUUAGACGAAAGACUCGACAGUUUGAUAUAUCCCGUCGAUGUGUUGAUAAUCAAAGACACCGGAGAGACCGAGAAUGUCGUCGAUUACGUGACACUUCCUCUAUAUGUUGAGCCCGAAGACACUGAACCCGGAAUUGAAAACAAUGUGUCAGAAGAGUGCGACCGGACUCUCGUUGCUUCCAAUUCGGGUCCGGAUGUGGUCUCUAAU